AAAGGAGAUAAUUUAGAGAGUCAAAGCUGGGUCAUGCGGGAAUAAAUGUGACAUUGCUGUUCAACUACAACUACAGGACUAUUUUUGACUUUAUAAAUAUAGUUUUAUUGACCCCUUGGUGAUCGGCUGAUUGACCACUAGGGAGGACUUUGAGGGGGCUGCUGUUACGCGCCCUGGGUGUGUCAGCGGACGUCACGGAAGUCCGCUAUCCGCUGGCUGCACUGUGGGAACUGUAUAAAUCCGCGCCAGUAUCCAAAACGAUGGGAAAAAGUUGCACUGGAGUUCAAGCGUGGAGUCCUGUUGCGUGAUAUCCCGCAGCUUCCCUCAGGAAAUCUCCAUUCACUCACAAUCAGCGCCGAGCGCCACAGCCAAGUGCGCUGAGCGCCGUGCUAAAUCUGGAGUUGGAAACCAUCAAGUGCAGGAAUUAAACUCGUUUUUAUUUUGUAUUUGAAACCUAUCUGCUCUACCGGAGUCUCCAAAGAUGAUGAAUUUUAUCCUCUUCUGCCUCUUAUGUGGAUUGUAUGGUGUUCUUGGAAAAGGUGAGUAACUUUUACUUUGGUUGAUGUAUUGCACUGAAAGGUGCACAGAGUGCAUGGUGUGAAAAUCUAAUCUGGUGCUCAUUUAUCUCACUCUUGUAUUAGAACAAACUGCUUUAAUCUAAUCAGUGAUACAGCCGGGGUUUAUCUGUUACAGUCAUAAACCCCGCGACCCCUCACAAACCUAUAAAAACUGCAUCUUACGCACAGAUUUCCUUUAGAAUACUAUUUACCAAAAAACUACAAAUCCCUAAAGAUCAGUGUGCACCUUUUUGCUUUUUAAAUGAUAGCAUUUCCCAUCUCUAAUGUAAACCAUGCAGUCUAUGUUGUGGAGAAAAAUAAGAUUUAGCCAAUAGGAGCUUUUCAUUUUGACGCACUGGCUGUGACCCGCCUGCAUAUCUCGGGUGAGUAAUUAACAGGUUUGAUUGUACGUCUGCGGCUGAUCAACUUGUUAACCUCAAAGAGAACCGCGUGUCGAGAUGGAGAUAAGCGCUAUCCUGCGGGACAUAUGUUUGGAUGAAGCGGACAUCCAAGGCGCUGCUCCUUGCGCGCUCGGACACAUGCAGGGCGUUGUUUUCCUGCGACUGAUGAGUUUGUCGAAUGACUGAUGUUAUUGGAGGGACGUUGGGAUAAUCAGCGAGCAGCAAUCUGUAUUAAUUUGUGCUUACUGCUAGACCGGUGGGCAAGUUCGCGCUUCACGGAACUUUCUCUCUCUCUCUCUGUGCAGUGAUUGGUCACUUAAAAGUCUUCAAAAAAGAAAAAAAAAGGUUAAAAAUGAGACAAAGUAAAAAAAAAACAAGGGCACUUGGCUUCCAUCAUCAUCUGAACUCAGAGGUUAAUCUUUUUCUCUGUUACGCAGAAUAUUCCUCAACUUUCCCUUUAAGCAGUUCAUUAUUAUUUAUUCCUCCAGCGCAUAUUUUGUUGAACAUGCUUUCGAUUUUGUCAACUUAAAAAGAAAUGCAUGUUUUAUUCCCCGUUGGGAGCUUUUGUCCUUUUUGGUACAAGGAAAGAUUUGGACACAAACUCUGCUGUAAAACAUGCAAAUGCUAAUAAACAUUAUUUUGACAGUUACACAAACUCAAGUUUUUGAAACCAUGGCUUGCAUCAGAGAUUGCAACAUGUGUCACAAGACCCUAGGUUUUCUUCUUAGUAUCACAUUUAGAAAUCACACCUCAAAUCAUAGAGAACAAAACAGUUUAAUUGCAUUUCAUUAACAUUUUCUUUAGGACAGACUUUUUACCAUUAGGCCUGGACAUGAUCAUUGAUAUGCUGAUGUAUUAUUAUUAUUAUUAUUGCAGAAGUAAGGUUUUUCCUUGGAACAUCAUGUUCAGAUCAAAUUUCUAGUUAAAGGGUUGCCUGUGAGUCAACUGAGGGGGGAAAGUGGGCAGUCAUUUUUUUCUGCAGUAAAACAAAACGAAAACUCUACUCUUCAGUGAAAUUUCAGGAAAUACUUUGGAAAUGGGGGUUUAGACAGUUCACAGCUUGUUAAAAAGUCCUCAGUAGCCCUGGAGGGGAUCUCCGACUUCCCUUCUAUCUGCUGAAAUUCGCCUGAUGAGUUCGUCUGAGUGUGUUUGAUUCUUGCCCAUGAACAGGCUGCGAAAUUGAAGGAAAUAGGGGAGGAAGUGGUUGUAGUGUGAGUAAUAUUUGGUCUACAAAAUGGGGCAUCCACUGGGAACAAUGAUGCUGACAAUGAAAGGUAAUAAUGAGCUCAAGUGGUAAACUUACACACCAUUGUCCAAGCGAUAAAAGAAAAAAAACAGUUGUGUUUGUGUGUUUUUUACACUCUGUGAGGAGCAGACAGAGUGAAGGACAGACUUCCCUGAAUGAUGUUUCCGCUGUUGUUGGGGGGAAGGAAGGGCGGACAGACAGGCGUCUUUAUCUCUCAUUAAUAAACCUCAGCCAUCCAGCGGCGAAACGCCGACGUUCGAUAAACAAGAGGGACACUGCUUACGCAUUUCCACACAAGUUGUCAAGUGUCCUGCGCAUGGAGACAUGAGGAGGGUCACAGAUACUGUGGCCUGGAUGGAGGACGUGCUCCAGAGCUGGGACCCGCCAAGACCUGUUCUGCAAUCAGAGUCCGGUUUAGUCCAGUUUGAGAUGUACAGAGCUCAUAGGAAGUGUCAAAAAUAUUCAUUCCUCUUAAAGUGUUUUGACUUACAGGAUUUCCCCUUAAAGUGGUCUUAUGUAGACCUGGGCCACACAGAGGAAUUCAGAAUAUCCUUAAUUGAAUAUAACAGCAUUAUUUCCUUCUACUAGUUUAUUGAUAAACAAGAUUCUCCUUCAGUGGAGUCCAGAGGCCACAAGCACUCAUCUCAGAGGGUAAACAUCCUACAAGAUGUCCUCAAAGAUUUAUCUGAACACAAGUCCUACAAACCAACUUUGACCUUUGACCUUCCGGAAGAUGUGCACACAUAUCUUGACAGUGAAAGAGUUUUAGAUGUUUCUGCACCCUUAUCUUCUCUUCUGUCUUUGCAGAUAAAGAGCAAAAGGGAAAGUACAGCGUCCCGAUUCUGGAUGUGAAAACCCGGCAGCUGGUCAUAGAUGUCAACCAGACACUCCAGCUCAACUGCAGGUGAGUUUCAGGGAGUGUGAUCCAGGCUAAUAUGGUUAAACUUGGUAUGAUUUUGACAGGCGUAGAGAAAACAAGAUGAAUGGCUGUGAAUUUGGGCACACAAAACUCCAAGGGUAACCAUUUUUAGGCCUUAAUCAGAUAAAUGAUGGUCAAAACCACAACCAAGAUACAAAACUAAAUGAAACAGGUUGAAAAGGUGUUGUAUUUUGGUCCCACACAAAAAAACAACAUAAGGUUAAAAUAAGACGUAAGAAAUGUGCAAAAGCAUCUCGAUUGAGCCCCUGACUCCCAAACUUUCAACUCAAGAUGGUGAAACAAUUAUUCCAUGAUUUGAUGGAUUAUGUAAGCCGACUGUGAAUGCUCAUACAGAGAUUGCCAAGUUUUUCCUUUGUCUAUCUGCUGGCUAGGGGUCGCUGGGAACUGUCAUGGGCGUUCCCGUCAGGUUUGGCAAAAAAUCAGGUGAGGGUGGAGGAUUCUCGCUGUGGGCGGACCAGCCAGCAGUACUGCAGCAGAGUGACGCUGAGCCACAGUCAGGCCCAGCACACCGGCCCGUUCCGCUGCAGAUACACACAUCGCACUCGGAAACAGAGCUCCGUUUACGUCUAUGUCACAGGUAAGAUUCUCCUGCUCGAGCUCCAGUUCAUAUUCAUUCAGAAACCCCACGCUCCCUCAUCCUCUACUCCCAUGCUCAUUGUUGAUAACUCCAGGUUAAACAGGAUGCCGUGGGUGCUAAAUACAGACCAAUGCCAGAGAGCCAAUUAUAUCUAAACACAGUUUGUCCCAACAACACAUCCUUCUACAUGACUCUGGCACAGUUUCUCAGCCCCCUCCUCUGUACCUCCCUGUCGUUCUAUAUUUAAAUCUUUUUUUUACUUUCGUUUACGUGCUACCUCGAGGCCAGGAAUAGCCCAGCUGCUGAAAGGCUCAGGCCCCGGGCAGAGUUUCCCAGGGCAUCAGCCUUAUCUGCUCCGCUCAGCCUCGCUUGAAGCAUCCUGUGCUCAGGGAAGGAGGGGGAGGGAGGGCUCAAAGGGGGGUUGUGCUGGGAGGGGAUGUCGCUGUGUCUCUAAGGUGGCAGCAAGGAGGUGUGUGGAAGUGUUUAUGUGCGAGUGAGGAGCUGAAAAGGACAAGAAGAAGGCUUUAGGAGAGGCACUAAGUCUACCACUCCCUCUUCCUGGAGGAUGAAGCUCUUUGGGCUCGGUCUGCUACCUGGCACGGAGUUGGGCUGUAGGCCAGGGUCACAGGGCACGCUACUGUUUGGCCAACAGGACCCUCGGGGGCCAUCAAUCGUUCAGGUCGCCGUGUCCAUUAAGUCUCAGACUUGGCCUACAGCUCUGCUCAGACGCUGCCUCCCUCCCUGAGUCCUCUAUUAGGAAUCAAAGCGAGAGAAGGAAGCCUCAGUGCGCUGGUCCUUUGGGUACUUUUGUUUGAAUGUUCAGAGAUUUGCUUUCCUUGAAUAACACCCAAACAAUACAGCGAGCAACACCCACACUUUUCAAUGGCACCGCGCUCUGAGAAGAGUCGAGCUGGGAGGAGAAAGCUCAGAGAGGCCGUUUGAUUGCCUCUAAACAAUCUAUUUGUUUAUUGUUGACUGCAGGCAGUCAUUGGCUCAAUGGGUAUUCAAUGAAUGGGUGUGUUGAGGAGUGUGUGUCUGUUUGUUUUUGUUUGUUGUUGAGAUUGAUACUUGGAAGUGUGUGUGUGUGUUUGUUUCAGGGUAAUUGUUUUUGUUUCUUGUCUGUUUGUGCAUGAAAUUAAAGGGUCAGUUCACCAAAAUUUAUUUAUGAUGAUAUAAUUUCUCACUCCAGUAAUCGUCACGUUUCCUGGCUUUGGUGCAUUCAAGAGCCUAUCCUCGUGAUAUGCAAUCAAAACUGAUGCCAAGAGCACUGAAUGUGGAAUAUUUUGUCCCUUAGAGCUAAUCUAGGUCACUCUGUGCAGACAGAAUAACAGUUGACACAAUCACAACUGGUUGCACUUUCUAAAUAAUAACACCGUUUACUGAGGUCUGACACGUUUCUGGCAUCUAGUCAGUAAACUUGGCAACUGGAUGCCAAAUUUCACUCUAGUUACCUGACCUGAGGGAACUUCACAGGAAGGCUUUAAGUCUGAAACUCAUUGUUCUGAUACUCAUUCUUGCACCACAUGUAAUGCAAAGGUAGAGCUCACACACUUUUACAUGUGUUUUUGGGCUGAAUUUUUCCUCUUAGAUUAUCAUCAGAACAUAUUGCUGAGGGUAAUGGCCCUUCAGGGAGCUACAAAGAAUAUCCAUACUAGUCAUGGCCAACCUGUGGCACUGAUGGAGAUUUUCCUUAUGUCAAAAAGAAAGGAGAAAGAGAAGGAAAAAAAGACGCUCCUGAGCCAUUUUUAUAACCCUCUAAACAACACGAUAUUAUCUUGAGUGGCCUGUGCUGACCAAAUAAAAAAUAAUUUGGUUCAAGUUUGUUUCUCACAGCAGCAUUCAAACUUAACUGUCUGGUUGCAACUUCUGGGGAUUUUAAAGUUGAUCACUUUAGCCACUUUUAUAUCACUUUCCACUGAGCAAUAGACGGCUAUUAGAUGUCUAGUUUUUUUAGACCUAAUUUCAGCCACCUAGAUUCUGUAUAUUUUUAGACGAAAUUUAGACGUUGCACUUUAACUCAUUAUUCGAUAAUAUUUAUUUCAAAAGCAACUGUAUGAUCUCCAAGUACUUAGCCAAAAUAAUUAUGAUAGCCGUUGAGCAAUAUACAGUGUAGUACAGAUAUAGCUCCGUUAGCCGGCUAGUCUAAACUUGGUGUAAAUUUAGAUGUCUAAAAACUUUCACUUUUAGACCUUUAGAAGCCGGAUUUUAGACCAGUCGUUUGGGCUACAUUUAGACGUCUAUUAGACCUCUUUUCGACCAAAAAAAAUGCUCAGUGGGUUAAAAGUACCGUGUGUAGAAAUGUAAAUAUUAAGCAGUAUAUACAAGUCAGAAUUGACUCAAACACUCCCUUGCUCACCCCUCUUGUUGGCGAAAUGAUGGUGGCCUCAGGGGAUAAAAAGCUCUUGUGACGCAUGAUAAGGAUGAUUCUCCAUUUGCCAAGUUUUUACCAUCGAAAACAUAUGUCAUUGUAAAUUUCUUUCAUGCGCAACAUCGGCCACUCUGUUGUUUUUUUCUUCCUCAGUAAAUUUUGAAAAAGUCUCAGUAUUAAUUUCAGUUUGUGUCAUAACUCAGUGAAAACUACUCACAGAAGAAUACAAUGACCAACUACAGCCAUAACUUUACAAUAUGACGUCCAGAGCUUUGCAAUUAGAAAAGAUGUUUCCAGAGGUUUCUUUGAACUGACCCUUUAGUCACAUGAUCAUAAUCUUGUGUGAUAUUGCUCUGUGAGACUAUGUUCAUGAGUCUGAUUUUCAUGUUUCCUAUAAGCGCUAUAUGUGUCCCUGACCGAAGUUUUUUGGUUUCAGACAGCCAGCAGCCAUUUGUGGACCAUCCGGCUUUGAGCCCAGAUGUGUUGUACAUGAAGGAGAAGCAGCCGCUGGUCAUCCCCUGCCGCGUCACCCACCCCAACACCACCACCUCACUUGUCAAGGUCAGUGCAGGAAAUAUGAAUGACAACCCAAGAGAGGGUUCAGAUGUUUGGGUGCGUAAAACUACGCUCAGUCCUUUUCUGUUAAUCACACUCACAUCUUUUACACCUCAUCACCUCGGUCACAUUCUUCCUUCAGCUCCUACUUAUGCGUCCCAAUUUUCCUCUCUGUGCAGAUCAGUCAGCACAUAGUUUUAUCUUGGCAGUCAUAACGCUGUGGAGUGUGUGUGCAUUUGUUUGCGUCCGUCUGCGGAUAUGUGUGAAAGCAUGUGCGGAUGUGUUUGUAAGUGUUGGUGCUUGAGUGCUGAGUGAGGGAGCCAGUGGACAAUGUUACCAAGUGCAAAGAGGAGUGUUUGUUUGGAGUGAGCGCUGUCUGCCAGAGUCUGUUUUUCUAUUUGCCUGUGAAUGAAACAUAUCCGUCUGCCCGAACUUGCAAGAAAACCUUCCCCUUGAAGAUCUCUCUUUCAUGACUGUCUUUUUCCAAUCGAGUGGCGCCCGCAAACUCCUGUUGGCACUGUUUCCACCUUUGGAGACAGGACGUGGGGUCUGGAGUGCCCCUUUGGCCCCUGGCCAGCUCCACUUCCCACAUCUCACCCUCAAUCUCUCAUAGUAAGACUACAGGCUGCCAACUUCCCUGUGCUGAUGUUUAAAACAGCUGGCUAACCUGGUGGAGGAAGCAGAGGGAGCUACUGUUGGCCCCGCAGAUCAAAGAAGAGUCUAUUCUCCUCAAUCACGUAUUCCGAUCAUUAACAUGACAAAGUGUGCGUCACUGUAGGAAGCUUAACACGGUUUAACCACAAUGAAAUGGCUCUAAGUCAUGCGAGUGAGUCAGACUCAAAAACACAAAGGAAGAAUAAAAAUGACACUUAGCUGAGACAUUGAUAAUUAGGUUACAGUAAAUUUAUUCCCUAUUGUGCAGUGAGAAAACAUACACACAUUACAAUCAGUGCAGAGCUGCAGCUAUAGAGGUUAAAGUCCCACUCCGCUCACAUUUUUAUUAUUAUUUGCACUGUUCUCAGUGGUCUUUAGAUUGUAAUUAUUACAUUUUUCGCCAAAAUCACGUUACCUGUCAUUUUCUAGGGCUUUUCUUCUGAAGAGCAGGUAACAUAGGAGCUAUUCAGCUCUCUGACGCCAGUGUCUUUGGGGGCAUGAUGAAAGUUAAUGUCAUAAUAAGCUUUGUUACAAGCAUUGCAAUCCGCUAAUGCACACACUUGUUUCACCAUCAUCCUCUCUACUUCUCGGAGUCUGUCAUACAGAGCGGGGCACAGGGGCGGAGCUUGAAAUUGUGACAUAGGAAAUCUCACUGUGUCUGAACCUGCCAAACGUCUCUGUUCACAGCAAUUUAAAUGCAGAAAUACUCAGAAAUGCAAUUUUGCUCUUUAGUUUUCUCAUGGUAUGUCCUCUAGCAUCAGAACAUAUAGACAACAAGAAAAACAUCAUUUUCAUUGGAGUGGGUCUUUCCUCAAAAACAGCCAGGAUGCUGUUGAUGAGGCAGUUUCCCUUACAUCAUAUUAUUCCUUCAAUAUUUUUUUUUUUAGACUUGACAAAAGUCUCCCAGAGAUUAAAGAUUAAAAUCACUUAUCCAACCUGGUAAAGUGACCUCAGAGUGAAAAAUAGUUUCAGUUUCAUUCUUGUGGAACAGGACUGCUAAUUGCUCUGUGAUGUUAAACCUUUGCUAUGUCCAUCCAGUUUAAACUGUGUCAAACACAACAUAUGUCUACGGCUGAUGAGAUUUAUCUUUUAUUUUUUUAUUUGUUGUUGUUGUGAAUGAAAGUUCAUAUUACGAUUUUAAAAUGGCACAAGGUGAAAAAUAUAAGGACAACUUACAAGGAAGUUAUUUAAAUUAACCCACAUCAGAGCUCAAUUUAAACUAAAUCAGCGUUUUUAAAACAUUUCUCUCAAAGCCACGAGCAUGGCUCUUAUGGAGGAGUUGGAAAAUGGUCAGGUGCUGGUAAAAGACUGCUAGGCUCCUCUGUAGGAAACAAGAACGUCAGUAAAAUAUUUAAUUGUGUUUUAUUUUACACUUGCUGAGGUAGUUCAGUCCUGGUGAACAGAUGGUGAGAUGCUUAGAACAAGAGGCCCGUGCAGCAAAAAGGAGUGUUGAGGAACUUUAGGGAGUUGUCUGGAUUCUGGAAAUUCAAACGUGAUCAUUAAACGAUCCUUAAACAGACAUGGCUGCACAUCAGCACACACACACACACACACAUGUUUUUGUUUUGUUUUGUUUUUUUGUUUUUUUUUUUUGUCCUGCACACUAAAGUAACUCCUCUAAAAAUAGCUCUCCUCCCCUUCCUCACCUCCCUUCUCUCACCCUGAGCUGGCCGGUCUGAACCAGGAAUCCACUCACUGUCACAGCCUCUGGAGUGUUUUUUUCCUGGAAGGAAUUGCACUUUGCCUGGAUCUCUAAUAUGACCCUUGUCAUCAGGAACAAUACACAGGAGCUCUCUCUCUCUCUCAGCUCUCUCGCUGUGAAAGUGACCAGGAGGUCCGGGAUGACAGGGUCGACCUGGGGUUCCAGUCCAAAUGUCUAUAUCCUGUAGUAACAGGAUGCAAGGAGAUGGACUGGAGUCACGUUUCCCAUAUCCUGAGUCCUCUGACGUCUUAACUCCUCCUCUUGUUUUCUCCUCUGCCUUCAUUUUACUUAUAUACAUUUAGAAAAAGUGGGAAAAAGGGGGCACUGAGGGCACCGAGGGUGUUUAAUCAGUGGCACGCCGUCAAAGGCUAGAGAGGAGGAGGAGGAGGAAGAAGUGGAGGAGAAAGAGCUCAGUGGCGUCUGAGAGGGUGGCCUCACUCUGGGAGGGGGGAUAUCAGCCAGUUCACACACUGGGGGUGCAGGGGAGAGGGGAAGUGUGUGUGUUCGUGUUUGUGUGUGGUGGUGGAGGUGGUGGGGGUCUACCUGUUCCCUUGAGAGUGGGUGGGAGGCUUCCACUAUGUCACAGAAAUUCUCGUAAACAUUUCCUUGAGGCUGUGUCCAAGAAAACAACAAGGUUAUACAAGUGUUAUAGAAUCGAGAUUAUAGAAUUAUAAAACCAGCGCUGUGAGGACGCUCAUCUGGGGUUUAUUGACUAAUUCUAGGCUGUGAUGAGUUUUUGUGCAACUAAAAUUCCUAAAGGAAGCUGGGACUGAAGUAGAUGGAUCAAGGAAACACCAAAACAGAAACUUAAACGAAAGUGGAGCCAAGAAGGAGCUUUUACACUCUGAAACCCAACCCACUCUUUUUAUGUGUUUGAGAGAGGAGACAAAACAUGUGAAAGUUUCCAUUGCAAUCUUCACAACCUCUGAGUCUGACUUUUCAUUGUCACAGAGUUAACCAGUGUAUAAAUUCGUUGAAAUAUAGAUAUUAUUUUCUUUGAGUCUGUCUCUGGUAACUUGUAGUGACUGCUUUCCUUCAACAAAAAAAGCUGCUGGGGUUUAGGUUCGCUUGCAUCUGUGACCCGUUCAAUUAUCAGUCCGGUUUGAGUGUUAAAAAGUGGUUUAUUGUUCCAAAAAAGAAAAGAAAACACGCUGAUCGCUGAAAAAACUUUUGCCUUCGAACGAAAAAGUGAUGCGAUAAAAUUAGGUUGAAACAGGAUGAGUUAAACGCUCAACAGAAAUUUAUCAGAGCUUACCAAAACCUAUUGUCUGACUACACCGGUGGGAUUGAAAUAACCCGCCAAACAUCCCAAAACCACACCCCUUAGUGACGAUCCCCAGAAGUGAUGUACCUAUUAGAAAUCGUACUUUUGACAAAUAUAUUUAGGCUCCUAUAUAACUUUUGAUAUUUCUUACAGUCAAAUCUUUUUAUCUUUCAUUAUCCAGCUUUUGCUAACGCUGCGCUCAGUUGCUGUCUGUUUGUCUGUAUCACCCUGCAUUUUGUUUCCUGCUGGCUUACGUAUUUGUUUGGCAAUCACAUUUUAUCACAACUAGCCUUUUGGGUGAAAUUCCCUGUGGUCUCAUCUUUCCUAUCUAUCAUUAUCUAUCUGUGUUUUCCUCAAUCUUGUUAUCCUCUUACUGUCUUGCUCAGUUGUGACCCUUCAUCAUUAUGCUGUCUUGCUUCACUUGCUUGCAAGAGUCAGGUAGUAUCAGCCACUCUCAGGAAUGCUGAAAGUGUGUUAUUGAGUCUUUUGUGAUGUUUAUUGUACAAACAUUUGAAGGGAGUUGUCUCCUCCUUCUCCUCCAUCCUCCCACAGCUCCAAAACCCCAGCCUGAAACCAGACCACAGGAACAUUAUCUGGAACAGCAAGCAAGGUUUCACCAUACGAUCUCCCACUUUACAUUACAUCGGCCCCUUCUACUGCGAGACGAUCACUGAUGGCGUCACACACAAGUCUCGGAUGUACUUUGUACACAGACCAGGUCAGCGAUUUGCCAACUCCUUUAGAAAUUAAUCUGAUUCUUUGUAAAAAUGUUUGUAUGUGGGGUUCUUAGCGCCAAGGUUUCUGGUGAACUCUGCUUCCUGUGACUCAUCAUUCCCUUUUUCAUCAUAGUGAGUAACAUCAUGGAGGUGAAUCUGAACAGCAGCGGACCUGUGCAGGCCCUGAAGGGAGAGAGACUGGUUAUAAACUGCACCGCCACCGCAGAGUUAAACACCAGAGUCAACAUCACCUGGGACUUCCCUGGAAAGGUCAGAGCUGCAUAAGACUAGAGGGCGAGAUAUGAAAGUUGUACUCCUUUACUCAGCUCCUACUUAAACAAUACUCCCAGAAGUAGAGCUGUGAAAAAGGGAUUCUGGUACAGGUGUUUUGUAGUGUUAAUUUUGCUGCUCUUUCUCACUCUCCACCCUCAGAGUAACAACACUGGUUCCACCGUCAAGAGGCUCCUCAAACACAAAACCCACAUAUUGUUCUACAAUAUUCUGACCAUCCCCAAACUCCAGCGUUUGGACCGAGGGCUUUACACCUGCCGCGUCUCCAGCGGGGACAAAAGCAAACAGCAGAAGGUGUUUGUUACCGUCUAUGGUGAGUCAUUUCCUGAAAAAAUUCCUUAAGUUUAACAUGAUACUCAAACUGCAGAUAUGCAGGCAUGGUUACUGUGUCAUGUUUCUAAAUAUAACAGAGUCCCAACUUGUUUUUUUUCCCCGGAACCAAUUUUGAAAAAUGUGUUUCCUUGUUGUCAGAUCAUCCCUUUAUCCGUCUGAAGCCCAGACAUGGCUCUGUGAUGGAGGUGCAGGCAGGGCAGAAGUCGUACAAAAUUACUCCUAAACUACGAGCAUUCCCUGCCCCUGAAGUCAUCUGGUAAGAGCUCACUUUGAUCCUUCAAUCACACCUAACAGCCUUUUGUCUUCAGUUUCCCACCCUGUUUUUGCCUCCAAGCCUUUUAUCUAUAUUAAUCUCUGGCAAACUUCCUCGACUCCAUUUCCUUGGAAAGGCCAGGCACAGUUUGUUUUAGCAACCAAACUUUUCUCCUAGAGUUUACGUAUCAUAAUAACCGCAGCAUUCCUGAAACAAAAGAACUCUCUCUCAAAACUUUCACUGAAGGAGGAAAUAAGUUUUUAAUUAUUCAGAUUCUUUUUUUCAGCACUUUGCUCAGAGUGUUUUUUGUUGUGACAGGUUUAAGGAUGGUAUGGUGGCAGCAGAGCAGUGUUCCCGAUACCGCAUGGAUGGGACUUCCCUGGUGAUUCGGGAUGUAGCAGAGGAGGAUGCUGGGAAGUACACUGUACUGGUACGAAUCCAGGAGCAUGGGCUGUCCCAGAAUCUCACUCUCACACUUAUAGUAAAUGGUGAGACAUUGGUUUAAUUCAUCACUUAUUAACUUCCUUUGCUCUCUCCUCAUACUUGUUAAACUUUGUUCCUCUCUUUGUGUGUGUUUGUUCUAACAGUGAGUCCUCAGAUAGGGGAAAAAGCAGUGUUGUCGAAGGAUCCAGGUUCAGUGCCACAAGGAAGCAGACAUGCCCUUCACUGCACAUCCCACGGGGUCCCGCCUCCUCACAUCCAGUGGCUUUGGCAUCCCUGUCCGUCCAAAGGCCUGUAAGUAGCCCUAAAGACUGGAUGUAGUGUGGAUAAGCAAUGACCAGCUAUAACAUUAUGACCCUCAUACUGAGCUGCCCCAUGCAUCAUGGUUGGUUGUGCAGCAUAGAUGCUGGACUGUAUUGAAAUCUGGGGAAUCAACAACUAUUUCAACACCGUCAGGUUCCCCCAGACCACCUUUUAUAGCUUUGUGGUCCAAUUCAGUUGAUCACAUCCACUGUUGGCACUCUUGGUGGUAAACAGUGGUCACAUGUUCCUAUCAGCUCUAAUUCUGUUGGCAGUUUUCGCUCCAGAAGCUCCUCUUUCAGUUUGAACCACACUAGCCAACUUUCACUGACCCUGUUCCUGGUUCACUGACCCAGUCACCGAGCUGUUUUAAUUUCCUCGUUUUUGACAUUUUUCCUGCUUUCAGUGCAUCAAGUCUAAGAAUCAAAUUUCUACUUGCUGCCUGAUAUACCACGCCCACUGACAGAGUCUAUCAUAUAAUCAAUAUCAGUGUGAUCCACUUCACUUAUCAGUGGUCAUAAUGCUAUGGCUGAUCUGUGUGAAUGCUGUUAUUAGAAAACGAGGGGGAAAACACAGUAGUUAAGAAGGGCAAAUAAGCUGUAUUUGUUUAUUGCUUUUUUGUUUGUGUAUUUAAAUUUAUUUUUAUAAGUUACAUCAGCUAGAAAAAAAAUAUAUAAAUGUAAAUGCAAACUGUUGUUAAAAUACCCAAAGUGAGAGUUCAGAAAUUUGAAUUUAAAAUUAAAAUCAGAAAUUUUCAAAUGAGACUUCAGACAAUUGAAUUUCCCUUCAGUGAUAAAAAAGGUUAUUCUUAUUCUUAAAGUGAGCUUGAUCUAUUUAAAAAAGUUAAACUAAAUACAUCUUAGCUGCUACAGCUAGAAAUGAUUUUCAUCCUUUACCUAUGUCAACAUGAGCUCUGAAAUACAGUCUUGUUUGUUUUAUUCUACUAAAAUGUGGCUAAGUGUGUUUCGGACUGUGUGUGUGUUUGUGUGUGUGCGCGCGCGGGUGUGAUUUUGAAAAACGAGACAUGUUUUGUCUAAUUCAGCGUGUGAUCAGACAACAUUUCCUUCUUGUAACCAGAACAGAUGCCUUCGGGGGCCUUUCAUGUGCGGGAAUGUGUGAAAAUGUGUGUGUUUAUUUGUGUGUGUGUGAUUGUGUGUGUGCGCUUAUAUUCAUCUACCUGUGUGUGUGUUUGUGUGAGUGCUCCAUCAUAUUCAUGUUUAUGUGUUUGCUUGUUUGUGCAACUCUUUCCCCAUAUGUUUGUUCUGUUUGUCCAUGCGCCCUUUACCAUAUGUUUGUUUAAGUGCGUGCAGCCUCUGUGUCACCGUGUGUGUGUGUGUGUGCGUGCAUGUGUGUGUGUGCUUGUUACAUUCACAGACACAGUACACAGUGUAUCUCAGACUUGAAAGGACAGAGAAAAAAAACACACUUCAAUAGCGGCCAGUUCCGUGCUCUCAGUCACGAUUUGUUGGUUUCCAAAUCAAACGCUAUGAUUUAAUGAAUUUCCUGAGCAGGACGCAGGGUGAGAGGCCUGUUUAUUAUUGUGAUUGCACACCGCAUCCUGUGAUGCUUUUCUUAUAUCUGACACAAACACUAUAUAUAAAGUUCUCAUGAGAAAUGAUGGCCCGACCCAGGGGUGAAGAGGGACAGUCCAUUUAGCUCACUUACACACACGCUCACACACUCUAACAGGCACUUGGCAGUUACAUUGAUUGAGUUGUUCUCAGAGGUCAGGCUUGUAUUGUGUUGCUCAUGACCAAGUCAGAAAGGUUAAGUAUUACCUGAGAGCACCACAGCAGCCGCCCAUGUUCGAUUCCUCCUCUGAGACACACUGACAUCAUCAGUGUACCUGACCCUUGACCCCUGCACUCUUACAUGGCGCCAUGCCGAGGUUAUUACAUUAUGGUUCAGUCGUCUGUCUCCCCCAAAUGCAGUUUAUGAAAUGUAAAUGAACAUCUCCAGGUGAUUGUAAAGUAGCUCUUAAGCUGAAACUAUUUCCUGCAGAAAUGUCUACUCACAAAAUCUGUUGUAUUUUUUACAUUUUUUUAUUUCAGUUUUCAGAUUUUGCUUCUAAAAAAUUGUUGCAAGUUGUGACGUCUGUAUGAGAGCAAACUUUUUUCUUGUUUCUUCAUGAUAAGAGCCACAUGCAAUCUGCUAAUGGAAGAAAAACUGCACCAAUCCAAAUAGUUUGAGAACAAAUUUGGUGAUUCUGUGACCAAUAAUCAGAUUUGAUCAUGUUGUGAGUCCAAGUCAUGUUUGGGUAAAUGCUAAAUGUUAAAUGCUAGUAAUUAAUAAAAAGACAACAUGCUAUUAAAAGUGUUCAAAUACAAAUGCACAUCAGUGUUUUAGCAGAUUACAUUUGGCCCCUUCACUAGCUGGCUCAUGGUCCUCUGUAAAGCUCUGUUCUGGUUCUGGUUCUACUUCAGUGUCUGUAUUGAGUGUGUUGCUGUAGACCAGUUUAUGACUGGAUCCUCACUAGGCCCCUUGUUCUUUGCAGCCCAGCUGCACCACAAGCCUGACGCCGCGCCGGAGGAGGCCCAGGGACAGAGGACCAGGCUGGGCCAGGCUGAUGGGGGGCCUCACGCCUGGGUCCUGGGCCCACUCCUGGGUCUGGCCCUGGGAACCGCAGAGCUCUUAUCUGGCCCGGGCAGGAGGCGCACUGGGCUUCCUGUGCGAAAAUCAGAGCGCUUUUCCUCUCGUUGUUUGGCUUCCUCUCCGAUGCGAGACGCUUCCCAGCAGCGUGAUUGUCCCUUCGUCUUCAAACGUGGCACAGUCCGCUUCCUCAAGAGCUUGAUCUAUUCUUGAGAGGCCCCACACACACACCCACCACCCCUACACACCUCUUCCCCCAACUUUGCUGCCCCCCACACAUACCUCUACAGCCCCUUCCCUCACCAUCUCUGCCCUUCACCCCAGCCCAGCAUCCUCCACCUCUACAGAAGAACAACCCCCAUCGCCUCUGCCACCACCUCCUCACACUCAUCAGUGCUUCUGCAUAGCAGCCAGAACCCUCAGUGACAUUACCAGUGAUCCUCUGUGAUGAUCCUGUUUUUUAAUUUUUUGCUAAACUGAUGUGGAAAGUGAGGAAAGUGACUUUGAACACUGCUGAGCAGUGACGACCAGAAGACACAGGAACACAGAGGAAAAAAAGCCACAUCAUUAAGGAUAGAAAGGCACCUGCUUAACUGAUUAUUUAUUUAUUUUCUUCAUUCUCCUAAUUUGAGUGCUCCCUUCGUAAACAGCCAACCUGUAGUUUCAUGCUUUUUGAUAUAACACAGACAUUUUGAGCCAGAAGAAGUGCAAUCCAUCCACAUGCCACGUUUCUGGAGCUGCUUUGCUUUUUUUUUUUGUGUCCUUAGAGUGGUACUAUAAUGGGUGCAUGAACUGUGCCUGUCCAAUGCCCUGAUUUGAUUCUGACAUCCACAAAAGCUGUGAGUUUCUAUCAUGAUAUUUAGCCGCUGAUGGAGGGUCACAUGUGCUCACCUUGGACGGGCAAAACAGGAGAGAGGACAAGCUAUGUGUUGUUCACUAUGGGAUGCCGACAGUUCUCUAUCGAUAAAGACUAAUGGUCAGCAGACACCUACUAUGUAGGAAGUCUCCACAAGCCAGAGACUACGCCUUACUACGUCAUGUUAUGUUACCCCAUGUUGAAAAGUGUCAUCCCAUGUCAAGAUGUCUUUGGUUUGUUGAGUGAUGUCAGUCUAACAGCCCUUUUAAUUCAAAACUCAGAGUAUGUGUGCUAUUACAGGCCAUUUAAAGAGAAUGAGUGCCUUCAGUGUAUAGAGCAAAGUCCAUUUAUGCCUGUGCAUAUGUGUGCAAAGCAAGUGUGAGAGUGUCUGUACUCGUGCAGAAAAAUUAGAGUGUAUGUGUGUGUGUGUAUAUCCCAUUUACGGGUGUCUCCCAAUGUGAUUCAUGCCAUGUAUACAGAUGUUCUAUGAGUAAUAUAUGAAUCUAAUAUUUAAUAAUUUUAUACAACUAACUUACAUAUGAUGAAUGACAUUAUUUGACAACUUUGUAUGAAUCUGUUAAGACGUAUUGAAGUGUUAUAUCCGUUGUUUGUGUUUUUGCAUUAAACUUUGCCUAUAUUUGUGUACAUGCCUGUGUUUGGUUUAUACGGUCCUGUGUGUUAUUUUGGGGUGGAGACAGGAACAGACAGGAACAGACAGGGACAGCAGUACAAGGUGUAUUUUAGGCAGCCGAAACAGGACAGGAAGAAAAAAAGCAGGAGAUGACCCCCACUGAUAUACAACUGAGCAGUCCAUUCAUACUUCCAGGCGGCCACUGCUCACCCUGUUGGCAGGCACACACUGUGUGAAUGUGGCUGUUUGUAUGUGCGUAUGCAUGAAAGUUCAUUUCUAACUUUGUUUGUGUCCACACAUCCAUCCAACUAAUCCUAUUUUUGAGUGAGGAAGCCUUUCCUGGGAAGCGUGGGAGUGUUCGCUGGAAUCUUCACUGCUUGGAAGAUGAGAGUAUGUUUGUGAGAGUGAAUUUGUGUGUAAGGCCCGGAGUGUCAUGCACAGGGUGGGUCAUGUGUGCAGUCGCACACUUAGAUGCCAAGAGGAAGAGUAAUCAGGGAGCAAAGAGGAACCAAUCUCAGGGAGGAGCUCAGGACAGACAGAAAAGUGAUGACGACAAGGAUACAGACAGAGACAGGGAACAGAGAGGCGCAGUGACACAUCCAUAAACAGGCAGAGGAUCAAUGGACUGGGGGGAAAUAAGAGUUUACAAUAAGGACAGUGGUUCUAAACAUAUUUGGGACAGACGAACAGACAUACAGACAAUGACAGAUAGAUAGAUAGAUAGAUAGAUAGAUAGAUAGAUAGAUAGAUAGAUAGAUAGAUAGAUAGAUAGAUAGAUGAAAAUGUCAUAGUAUGGUAUGAUAAAAAUGUCAUAGUAUAGUAUGACAAAAAUGUCAUAGUUUAGUAUGUAGAAAAGUCGCAGUAUGGUAUGAUAAAAAUGUCAUAUUAUAGCAUGUUAAAAAAUGUCAUAGUAUAGUAUGAUGAAAAUGUCAGUAUAAUACGAUAAAAAUAUCAUAGUAUAGUAUGUUAAAAAUGUCACAGUAUAGUAUGAUAAAAAUGUCAUAGUAUAGUAUGACAAAAAUGUCAUAUUAUAGCAUGUUAAAAAAUGUCACAGUAUAGUAUGAUAAAAAUGUCACAGUAUGGUAUGAUAAAAAUGUCAUAGUAUAGUAUGAUAAAAAUGUCACAGAUAAAUAUGACAAAAAUGUCAAAGUAUGGUAUGAUAAAAAUGUCAUAGUAUGGCAUGUUAAAAAAUGUCACAGAUAAAUAUGACAAAAAUGUCAAAGUAUGGUAUGAUAAAAAUGUCAUAGUAUGGCAUGUUAAAAAAUGUCAUAGUAUAGUAUGACAAAAAUGUCAUAGUUUAGUACGUAGAAAAGUCACAGUAUGGUAUGAUAAAAAUGUCAUAUUAUGGCAUGUUAAAAAAUGUCACAGUAUAGUAUGAUAAAAUGUCAUAGUACAGUAUGACAAAAAUGUCAAAGUAUGGUAUGAUAAAAAUGGCAUAGUAUAGCAUGUUAAAAAAUGUCAUAGUAUAGUAUGAUAAAAAUGUCAUAGUAUAGUAUAUCAAAAAAGUCAUAGUAUAGUAUGACAAAAAUGUCCUAGUUUAGUAUGUAGAAAAGUCACAGUAUAGUAUGAUAAAAAUGUCAUAUUAUAUAGCAUGUUAAAAAUGUCACAGUAUAGUAUGAUAAAAAUGCCAUAGUAUAGUAUGAUAAAAAUGUCAUAUUAUGGCAUGUUAAAAAAUGUCACAGUAUAGUAUGAUAAAAAUGUCAUAGUAUAGUAUGAUAAAAAUGUCACAGAUAAAUAUGACAAAAAUGUCAAAGUAUGGUAUGAUAAAAAUGUCAUAGUAUGGCAUGUUAAAAAAUGUCACAGUAUAGUAUGAUAAAAAUGUCAUAGUUUAGUAUGUAGAAAAGUCACAGUAUGGUAUGAUAAAAAUGUCAUAUUAUGGCAUGUUAAAAAAUGUCACAGUAUAGUAUGAUAAAAUGUCAUAGUACAGUAUGACAAAAAUGUCAAAGUAUGGUAUGAUAAAAAUGACAUAGUAUAGCAUGUUAAAAAAUGUCAUAGUAUAGUAUGAUAAAAAUGUCAUAGUAUAGUAUAACAAAAAGGUCAUAGUAUAGUAUGACAAAAAUGUCCUAGUUUAGUAUGUAGAAAAGUCACAGUAUAGUAUGAUAAAAAUGUCAUAUUAAAGCAUGUUAAAAUGUCACAGUAUAGUAUGAUAAAAAUGUCAUAUUAAAGCAUGUUAAAAAAUGUCACAGAUAAAUAUGAUAAAAAUGUCAUUUUAUGGUAUGAUAAUGAUAAAAAUGUCAUAGUAUAGCAUGUUAAAAAAUGUCAUAGUAUAGUAUGAUAAAAAUGUCAUAUUAAAGCAUGAUAAAAAAUGUCACAGUAUAGUAUGAUGAAAAUGUCAGUAUAAUACGAUAAAAAUAUCAUAGUAUAGUAUGCUUAAAAUGUUUUAGUAAAGUUCGAUUAAAAUGUCAUAGUAUGGUAUGAUAAAAAUGUCAUCAUAAAGCAUGUUAAAAAUGUCAUAGUAUAGUAUGAUAAAAAUGUCAUAGUAUAAAGCAAAUUCUUCAUUAACAUACUGAAUGCUUCUCCUCGUCGUACAGUCUAUGAUCAUCACUUUCGUCAUUGCUUUUCAAUACAAGAACAAUCAUACAAGAUGUUUCAUUUGUCUUAGGCUCUUCAGUGGUAGGAUACUUGCUUUCUCUGUAAGAUUAUUUCAUAUAGCCUGUUGUCAAGCUUGUCAAUUAAACAGAAAUCCGAGUUUAUUGUAAAGAUUAAAAUAAAGGAGACACAGUACACAGCUGGCUGGCUCAGUGAGAAAGCAGCAGCCACCAAAAUCAUCUCACUGAAACCCGCAAAGCUCACCAUUCAACGUCAUUUAGGGAGUUUGUGACAUUUGACUGAGUUAAAACAAGUUUCACUGAAAUGGAUAUGAAGGAGGAAGUUUUGUUGAUCAAAACUUUUUGGCACUUUUACACGUGAGUACAUCAAGUGACAGAGUGCUGCUAUUAAUUACCUGUCACUGCACACCCAUGACAAGACUUUUAUUUCCUCAUAGUUAUAAACCAUGUCUGGUGCUUACUUUCUAAAGGGAGAGUUUUAUAUACACUUCCUCAACCAGCACAAGUAAGAAAUUAAGAAAUGAACAUGUUUGAAUAACUAGACUUUUGAUAUCAACAAUGAAUUUGCAAGCUUGGCUAGUAAAAAGGCUUGUUUACGGACUAAAUCAAUCAGUAAAGUGGAGAGUCCAGUGUCACUAACAUUAUCCAUUAGCUAAGAUACUGUUUUUGAGUUUCAAUAUUUAUUAACAAUGGUAAUUAACAAUAGAAUACUGGACAGAUUGUUGUUAAAACGAAAUAAUAUCAAACAGCAGAUAAAUUGUAGUUUCCAAUUGUUUUAAGGUCAGAGGUAAAGGUAAGAGAUAAUAAUGUAAUCUUGAAUUUGUUUAUAUAUUAAGCUGUUGUCUUCUUUAUUAAAUCAUUCAUAGUUUAUAGAGGUCAUUUCUGUGUCCCUUGGUGUUUGCCUAAUUCUCAGCGCAGGACAUUUAUGCAAACAACAAGGGACUAUGUUAAUGAAACUAAUUUCAUUUAAACACCCUGAGCUCUUUCACUAUUAUUUUCACAGUAAUAAUACUGUUAUGUAUUUAAGGCGGCCUUCCAGCUCCUGAAUGGUGUCAGAGUUUUACAUCAUGAGAUUAAGAUGUGCAUACCUCAGAGCAGCUUGCACAAUUCCAGUUCCCACAGCCCCACUCAUGUGUAAUCUAUGGAUUUAGAGACAGGAACUCUUGUCCUGGAAAUGUGGGAUGAUUUGUUAAGAAUGGAAGGAAGUUGAUUCAUGGGAUGACAAUACCACCUCUGCAUCCUCCAUAGAUGAACAAUCCAGUUUUACAAAGCACUCAAAGAUCCUCCAUUGUCAGCCUGCAGGACAGGGUUAAAGGAUGUGAUGCAAGUGAUGAAAAUGGUUUUGGUGGUGAUGAUAAUGAUGAUGAUGAUGAUGGCUGAGAUGAUAUCAAACAGUGGUGAUCAAGGCGCUUUCCUGAUGUUCUGUUCUUCCUCCUGCUGAGCACAGCUGAGAAAAACACACUUGCACACACACCUGGUGUCAGCAUAGAAUGACUUGUGUUAACACAGCUGAGCUCUCCGCCUCCUCAUCUUUCAAGGUGUGUGUGUCCAAAGUCUUCCUCUCUAUGGGGUCCUGUGAUAGAGAGAGUCCCUGCCACGUCCACAAGCAACCGCAUCCUGAGUGUUAAACAGAGACAGGAAGUGCUUCAGGGAAAGAAAAAGGUAGGUUAACCCCUGAAAUAUACUCUAAAAUAUUAGCCAACUAACACUGAAAAAGAAUCAUAUCUCACCAAUGUACUGUUGAAAAUUAUGGCAAUAGUUCAAAGGGGAAAGAAAUCAAUUACAAACAGAAUCCAAAAGUCUAUUUUGAUUCCAAGAGGAUGUUUCAGUUGCUCACUGAUAGAGAAAGGGUUAUUAAACAUAAUAUAUCAGAAAAGUCCCCAUGAAGGGUGAACAAAAACGAACAUAGAUACAAAGUGACAGGAUGAAAUCUGUUCAUGCAGCGGUUGAAUGAGAUUGUUGUAAAUAUGAGCAGAUUCCUUCAUCAAAGUUGACCUAAUAAGCACCACUUUGUCCAAACAUUAUCAAAAGACAUUAGGCAAACUUCACUGCACUGCUGCCUUUGUUACAUAUACACACACAUCUAUGUUAAUACUUAUCGACAACUUGCAUGUUGUGCUGCCCACUGGGCUGGAAGUGGGCAGGAGGUCCGGCUCAGAGACCCCUAUUGUCUGCUCAGUGGGCCGAUGGAAAUUGUGAUUCCUGCCAUCAGUGGCAGAGGUAAAAGGCCUGAACCUGACAAGUCUGCAUGUGCGUGCGUGCGUGCGUGCGUGCGUGCGUGCGUGCGUGCGUACGUGCGUGUGUGUGUGUGUGUGUGUGAGCAUGUGUGUGCCUGUUUUUUACGGUGUGCAAAGUGCUGGUUCAUUAAUGAGGAUGUUUGUGGUUUCCAUAGACAGUGGGAGUCCUGACCGUGGCAGAAGCCUUUGUGUCUGGAGUGUAUCGCUGCGUUGCGUCCAACUCAGCAGGCACAGACCAGCUAGACAUCCACUUCUAUGUCACAGGUGAAAAGAUGAAUCCUGUUUUUAAUUAAACUAUUCAUGGGAGUUGUUUUCUUUCGUCAUAUCUGGGAAUUUUUUUUUAAGCUUACUAAGAAAUGACACUAAAAGAAAAAUAGAUUUGAAGUUCCUCCUUUCUCUCCUCCCUCCCACCUUCUAACUGUCUUACUUUAAAUAACCUCUUUCUGUCUCAUGUCCGUCAUCUGUUUCACUUUUCUAUACUUCCACAUAAAAUGAUCCCAUGAUCAGCAGAUCCACUCAAUGCUUUGUCGUUAUGAGCUCAGCACUUAAUCAUUCUGCUGUCAUUUAAGUCAGACUAGAAUCAGAAUAUGGAAUCAUCACUUUUUUCCCCUGUUGAAUUUUUUCAUUAUUAUCAAUGAAACUUCCAGAGCUCUUUACUCACCUUAAAUUUGAUGGAAGUAUAUUUUCCUGAACAUAUUUUCUUCAACACCGUUGCAAAGCGGUCACAAAAAAAUUUAAGUUACACUGUAGUGGUUACAUUAGACAGCCGUGGAAAAUAUUUAUGCUCAUUAGCAACAGAUCUUAAAUAUCCCACUCAGGUCUGAACAGUAUUGAGACUGUAGUCUCCACUGAUAUACAAUAUAACUCAGCUGGGUUAGGUUAGAGGACAUAAAUCUCUUCACAUCCAAAUGCUUAAAGCUGGAAGGACGUUGUUGAAAUUUGACCUCUAACAAAGUGGAACAUUUUAUUAGGUGGAAAGACUUGAUAAGAAAAUAGACUCUUAGUCGAGCUGCAGUGUUAUUGUGUGAGACUCAUACUACCAGGAAUACAGGUAAGGUUAUUUGUUGGCUUUUUUGAAGUGUGUGUAUGAGUGUAUCUGUGUGUAAGCUGUUAGUGUAUGAGUUAGAGCGAAACAGGAACCUGGGGCUCUUAUCGUUCCACUUCCCCGUGCAGCGCACUUCCUUGGACUGGCAGGUCCGCUUUAUUUCGGGAGGCCUUGGGGUGUUCGGGAAAGAUAAACACUAUCUGCCAUCAGGAAACUCUCGAGCCGUUUCCACGGGAAGUUUCAAAUGGCUAAAGUAAAUAAAAGGCCUUUUCACUGUAUUCCACUGACUGCUUUUACCCACAAUAGCCAUUCAACAUUGUCGUCCGAAGGUUCAAUAAAUGGAGGAUUGGUCCAAUCAGCUUGUCCUGGUUUCAGGCACCACAAAGGAUCUGCAUUCGCAUGCUGAGAAACUGAGAGGGCUAAUUCAUCAAACAAGAAACUGUCAGAGUUUAUAAUUUGUUCAUGUGACCUCUUUUAUGCUCUCAGACAUCCCAGGAGGCUUUAGUCUGAGGCAGAGGGAGGUGCCUCAAGAGGGUGAAGACCUCCAUCUCACCUGUGCAGCCAAUAAGUACCUGUACACAGCACUGUCAUGGCAGCGGGGGAAUGACACUGAGGAAGCUCGCUCCUGGAGCUCUAAUCCGAGCACUCUGCAGUUCACAUCAGGGCAGUUCUCCAAUACUCUGGUUCUGUUGCUAAGCAACCUGACAGCAAGAAUCUCAGGGGCCUACAGAUGCUCCGCCCACCACAUCAUCACUGGGCAGGAGAUGCACCUGGAUACACAGGUGGUGGUCACAAGUGAGUCCAAUCCUCUGUUUAUCUUCACCUGCAAAAUUGGAGUCACUUUAAAAAAGACUGAUAGCUUUACUAUUUAAGCUUUUCUUUUAUAAACAGUAGCAGACAAAGUAAUUGUCUUCUCUAUUUUAGACAUUUGUGAAAGAUGAACUGAUUGUAUAGGGUUUUUUUUGUUUGUAAACACGCUGAAACUCUGUGACUCUGACUCCACUCUUGCUCGGUUAUGUCAUGUCCCCUCUCUGACGUUAGGGCUAAACUCUCCCAAGUGGCUCUUUCGGAGUCAGAAGCAAGGAUCUAUUUCUGAGGAAGUCAGGGUCAGGGGGAAGCAGAGGGCUAAAUUUAAACAUUGAACUAUGAACAGUGAACUCUGAACAAUAUAAUCAGGCACACAUUUUGUCUAAUAGUUGCACCACGACAGCACGACAAGAACUUUUGAAUUUUUACAACUAAUUGGCAUGAUAAAAAAAAGCUGCAACCUUUCAACAUAAAAAUCCAUAACAGAAGUGCUAAAAACUGCAGGUCUUCAAAUGUGCAUUUAAGGUUUAGCUGCAGAAGCUAAACCUUAAAUGAUCAAAAUCAAAUGAUCAAAUGAUCAAAUGAUCAAAAAUGAACAGAUUUACAGCCUGUAAAAACAGCUAAUAAAGCUGGGACAUUGUGUAAAACAUGAAUACAAACAGAAUGCAAUGAUUUGCAAAUCUUUAUCCUUCUGUAUUUAAUCAGAUACAUAUUUCAUGUUCAAACUGAUUAACUUUGUUGUUGUUUUUUUUGCUAAUAUUCACUCAUUUUGAAUUUGAUGCCUGCAACCCAGUCCAGCUGGACGUGGACGACAGUAUAAUGUUACUCUAAAACCUGUUUGAAUGGAAGAGUUUAAACUUGCACUUGUAGAUGUAGAGACAGACUAACUGACAGUGGUUUUCUGAAGUCUUCCUGAGCCUACAUGGUCAAACCCUUAAAAAAUGAUGUGGGUUUUUAAUGCAGUGCCGCCUGCAAGGUCAAAGGUCACAGGCGUUCAGCGUUGGUUUUCUGCCUUGCUGUUAACAUGCAGAGAUCUCUCCAGGUUCUCUCUGAAUCUUUUGAUGAUUUUAUGGACUGUAGAUGAUGAAAUCCUUAAAUUCCAGCAGUUGUGCUUCAGGAAAUGUUGUUCUUAAAUUGUUAAGACUCUUUGCUCACACGGUUGUUUACAAAGUGGUGAACCUGGCCCCAUCUUUGCUUGUGUCAGGACUGAGGCGUUCAGGGAUGCUCCUUUUACACUCAAUCAUGACACUUGCCUCAAUUUUCCAGUCUUUUCCCUGUCCCAGCUAUUUUGACCGUGUUGCAGGAAUAUAAUGACGUUUAUCAGUUUGAACAUUAAAUAUCUUUUUUAGUGUUUGUAGUGCAUUCAAUUGAAUAUGGUUGAAAGGGAUUUGAAAAUCAUAGUUUCCCAUUUUUUAUUGAAAAUUUAAACUCCACUAAUUUAGAAAAUAUUUUUCAAAGCUGUUUUUUAAGUUUAAAAAAAUGUAUUGUUUUGAUUCAGAGCUGUUUUAAUGUGAACAACGCAAAUUUAAUUUCAUAAUGACCUCUUUAUGAUUUUAUCAUUUUCUUUUAUUCUUACACAGAUCCUGAUAGAAAAGAAUCAAACCACAAUAGUUAAGUAACUUCAGGCUGAAAAGGGCCCCUUAGGUGGAACAGGAGGAUGUUCAUCAUUGCGGGGCCCUAAGUGAUUUGUUGUUAGAGCUUUGAACCUGCUCUGAUAACUUCCAAAUGCAUCAUUUGUUUAUUAGUUGUUUCUCUCCCCUCAAACUUGCUGCCCCCCAUGAUUUCUGUGCAUGCGUGUUAAACAUCCACGCAUACAAAAAAACAACCAAACUCUCACAGAGUUUUGCUGCUUGGGAAUUGGGUCCCCACGACUUCCUGGGGCCCCACCCUGCCUUUGCUCUUGCGCUUCAGCUCAGCACCUCUUUCACGUGGGAAUGAGCUCUUGUCUGGAGGAAGAGCAUACAAUGGCACUUCCCACAAUGCCACAUUUACAGGCCCCCACACAGGGCCUGAGGAACAAUCAGCCAAUCAGACACUGUCAGGCCCCAGCCCCUCGGACAAUCAUCAAUUGUUGUCCAGGAGGAAGAUAGGGGAAACAACAAUCAGUGGCCUUAGUUAAGUGACUUUUCUUCAUGUCUUUUACUGCUGUUCACUAUACAAUCAGGGUCCAACACGUCAGCUUCCUCCCCUGGGACCCCCACAUGGGGAUUACUAGAGAGACAAAGGGAUGAGAAAGAAGGAAACAAGGAGCCAAACAGGGGGGAAAGGAGAAAAUUCAGGAAAAAUUAAAGCAUGAGGUUUGAAGUUUUGAAGGAGUAUGGAGUUAACGUUCCUUAUUGUGUUAUUUGAGUACUGUACUUUUCUUCUGGAGCUUGAGAAGGAAACUGAAAACUUCAUCCAGCCCACAGUGUACACUCAGACCUGUGAUGAAAUAUUAUACUGUGUUGUUUUUUGGAAAAGAGUUUCUACUAAGAGGUAUUUCAGGGUUAUCAGGAAACCCAAGAGGGACCAACCUCUGACUCUCAGCUGACUCACAGGUUGGAGCCAAGGCCACUAUCACGGAAAAAUGUGUCACUACAAGUGCGCAAUUAUUGUUCGAAAGUGGCACCAGUCCAGAGAACAGUGGGGAAAAAAUAGCACAGUUUCGCUCCAUCGCAAAACUGAAGCGGUCUAUAAAUAACUGCAGCUGCACUGAGAUAAAUGUGGCUCAGCUAGAUUCAGUGUUGAAAUAUAUCAGUCUUUCAAAAAGUGAAGUAAAAAAAACAAACUGUUCAAUGAACUGUGUUAAUCAAUAGUUAAAUGAUGUUAAUUAUGUCUUCAGUUUCUUAGAAAUAGUUUUUUUUUCUUUUAUCUCAGAUAUGUAAUCUUUGUCACGCAUCUUAACAUGUUUUGGCGGAAACUUCCACCUCCAUCAGAAGUUGUCACUUGGUAGUAGGAGUGACGCGUCAUAUCAGCUGGUGUUACAGAGGCGUGACUCUCCUGUCAAUUUUUUUGACAUGACAGUCACGCCUCCUGCUGUUUGUACGCAGCUGCAGGACGCUGGUCCAGGUGUGAGAGCGUGUAUGCCCCCUCAUCAAUGUUCAUCGUCCCCGUUUCCUUAUUUCAAUGGCCCAGGAAACAGGGCCCAGAGGCAUGCACCUUUUGUCACAAAAGAUGUCUCAGAACAGUUCCACUCAGUGGUGACCACAUCCGUUUGAAAACGCCAUGAAUACUUAAUAUUGCAAUAAUUCAAUAGCUUUACUAGCAGCUUGAAGACUGAAAAUUGUACCUCAAGAAAAUGACUGUGGUCGACUUGUCCUCCACUCAGACCUCCACCAUAGAUGUCCACAGAGUUGAUAUCACAAGUCACACUCAUUGGUAAAAGUAGAAAAGUUGCAAAUACUUUAUAAGAUGUAAUUAAAACUCCUGUAAGUAACUUUUAAUUUGUGUUGAUGUUGGAAAAACUAAAAAUUCAACACUUGAGUUAAUACUUGCUAUUGGUCGUAAAUAAGUCAUAUUUUCAAUUCAUACUAAUGAUGGUGUGUGUGUUUCCUGUUGACAGUUUUAGAGCCCCCUCUGCUGCUCGAUAAUUUGACAGAUCUGACAGUCAAUGUCAGCAGCUCAGUGGUCCUGAGAUGCCCGUCUGCUGGCAUCCCACCUCCCACAAUUACGUGGUACAAGAAUGAACACGCUCUCUCUGAGGGAUCAGGUAAUAAGAAAUAACAUACAAACUUCAGCUUUCACUAUAUUUGAGUUUCUAAUUCUUUGUGCCACUAUCUUUAAUUCCUAGGCAUCAUCAUAGCACCAGAAGAUGGUAGCCUUCACAUUGAUCGGGUCACAAUGGAGGACCAGGGUCUGUACACAUGCCAGGCCACCAACAAAAGGGGGUCUGCAGAGAGCUCUGCUUAUAUAUGGGUCAAUGGUAAGUGUUGGUCACAAGGCGUUUUUUCAAGCAUCUCUGCCUUUGAUUGGCUCUGUUUACAUCUUCUCAAAGAUACGACUCUUCCAUAUAUGGGCAUGUGUGAAUGUCCAUUGUUCCCAGCUCUCUAAAUAGAUGUAUCGCCAGGACGCACGGACAUAUAGUGCAGUUUAUCACAUUGUUUUUUAUGAAUGCAGUGUUUACCGCGGAGGCAUGGCGCGCUGAUUCUAUUAAUAGAAGGUGAUAGGUUUGUUUAUCAAUGUCUGAGCAAACACUGAUCAAAGAUGCUCUUACAUAAUCACCAUCUGAGACACACUCAGCCUUUUGUUCAGUUUCCUCAUUUUCACAUACACACACACACACAUAUGUAUAGUGUGUAUGGUGGCAGGCUCUGUGUAGUUCUGCCAACCCCCCCUAGUUUGUGUGAUUCUCUGUGGCACAACUGGCCGACAAGCAUCCGAGUCUGGAGAGGAGUGGCUGUGUGUGUUAUGUUCAGAUCAGUCAGGAAGGAAGCUGUCUCCCGUUUUUAUUUCCUCUGGAAGGGGCCGGCUUGCAUCCCGGAGAGGCUCUGCGCUGCAAUUAGCUUGGCAUUUCUAUUUCUUCACCUUGAAUAACAAAGACGAAAAUAAACAGAGGAUUUAAUCAGGAAAAACAUAGUGUAGAGUAGUAAAUAUGGGGAUUAUGGUACGACAGUAAAACCUCUCAGUAUAAAAAUAACUCAUAUCAGUAUGUUUCAAGUUAGAGUUGAACUGAGCAACAAUCUAUAAACCAGAGUUACUUCUGCAGUUUUUUAAGACCUUUUUGUGAUAUUUAUUACCAUAAACAAACAUCAUUAAAUGCAGAUUUAGAGCUGACUAUUUACUCAUGAGUAUUUCUUCUGUGUGUGUGUGUGUGUGUAUGCGUGCGUGCGUGCGUGCGUGUGUGUGUUUGUUUGUUUGUCUCGCAGGUCCCUCAGAAACCUCGUCUCUUGAAAUUCCCACACUCACCUGCACCUGCAUUGUGGCUACUCUCUUCUGGCUCAUGCUUACACUCUUCAUACGGAGACUGAAACAGGUGAGAAUAAUGUGAUAAAUAUGAAUUACAUAUAUUUAUUUUUUUAGAGUACAUUUGCAAGUAUACUUAUCUUCCUCUAAACUAAAAUGAGCUUUUUUCUUACCAAAUAUUCUCAAAAUUAGUUUAGAUUCUGAAUAGAUAUCACAGGAUUACUUUUUCUGUAUUUUGUUUUGGCUGGUGAUGAUACUUGCAUACUCUGUCCUACUUAACUCUGCACAUAUAUUUUUACUUAACAAUAUUUUUACUAGUUUUAUACAGAAUAUACAAAGAAACACAUCACAAACUCCCCCUUUCCCUCAAAACCCCAUCUACUGCUGGAUAUUUCUAUUACUGUGCUUAAGUAACAACUUCUGGAGCUAUAACAAAAAUAAUAGAAUAAAAAACAAAUAAAUAAAUACAAGUAAGUGCUAGAAUUCAGGUUUUCAGAUCUUGAAAUACACAAGAUGUUGAGGAAUAAAAAGUUAAAAGAGAAUAAGUUCAAUGAACUACUGUAUGUUAAGAGAACUACCAAUAUAGACAAGUCGCUGAAAACUGAAAAAGUCCAUAAAAGAGAUAAGAAUUAAAAUUGUACGAUUAUAAAACAUCACAGAAAUAUACUCUGAUCUCUGAACAUGUAUUAAUAGGGAUUGAAUAAAUUAGACAAUAGUAAUAGUAUUUAACAAUAACAUAACACUGGCAAAAACAUUAUACAAAGCUGCUGUUACAUACUACUAAGGGCAACAAUUAUUCACUUUUCAUCCAUGUUGUUAUAAUAAUUUAUUUAGUCGAGAUGAAAAAAAAAACAAACAGAAUAAUCAACUUUGAACCAAAAUUGUUUAACUCUGAUGUUUUUCUUCUUUUACAGACUUUUUAAAAUGUUUUAUUUCUUUCCAUGUUUGACUUUAUAGUUUUUUAAUGACUGUUUUUCUCCUUUUAAAGCCCAACAGCUCAAACAUGAAGCCAGAGUACCUGUCAAUCAUUCUGGACACAGGAGAGGGACCAAUAGAGGAACAGUGUGAGAGACUGCAGUACGAUCCAAACCAGUGGGAGUUCCCUCGGGAGAGGCUCAAAUUAGGUUUGCUUCCUUGUUUAAUGAAACAAAAGUGAUGUUUGAACAGAAUCCACCUCAACUGUGAUACAACAAAAACUGGGAGGACUUCAACCAGAGGAGGAUGAUGGGGGAGAAGGAAGGUUUUUAAGAUCACAUGACAGAUAGGAGGACUUUCUCACAGGUCUUAUCAGAUUAUUAUUGGGAGUGACUCUCAUUCCAUUAAUCAGACUUUGUGUUCUUUGCUCAGCUAAUCAGCUCCAGCAGGGGGUGUGUGGACCGUGUUGAUUGAAGCUAAUCAGCUCUCAGUAUUGUCAGGGUGGGAUUCACUUAGAUGGACCACUGAUGGGCUCCUCUUUUAUCGGGCCAUAAUACUAAUUAAUACAGGAGCUCAAUUAGACACCAAAGCACACCUCCCUUCCCUCUUAUCAGCCCCUUUCACAUUUUUUCUCUGUCCCCCUUUUUCAGGGAAACCUCUGGGCCGGGGGGCUUUCGGUAAGGUGAUGCAGGCGUCUGCUUAUGGUAUUGAUAGCACCACUGGCUGCAGCACCGUGGCUGUCAAGAUGCUCAAAGGUACAGGAUCAUUUCUCUGGUGUUCUGGGAACAGUUAAACAAAUCAUGUGAGAAAAAAAAACUGACACUUUUUUCUUGUAUGCCAUCUGUCCACUAGAGGGAGCCACAGCCAGUGAACACAAAGCACUCAUGACUGAACUGAAGAUCUUGAACCACAUUGGGCAUCAUCUGAAUGUAGUUAACCUACUGGGAGCUUGCACAAAGCCAGGAGGUAUGCAUGUGCUCUAAGUAAAAUAGCAAUAUCAAUAUCGCCAUAGUUACAACAUCAAUGUGUAUUUUUUUUGUGUAUACAGGACCACUGAUGGUCAUCGUUGAGUACUGCUGCCAUGGAAAUCUCUCUGCCUUCCUUAAGAGCAAGAGAGAAGUGUUUGUAAAUAACAUGGUGAGAUCAGCCUCCGGACACGUAUCUCCAAACACAAUCAGACACAGCUAUCAAAAAAUAGUCUCAUUCUGCAAAACACUGGGGCUCCAGGGCUCACACAUUUAUUUCACACCUGCCUAUGUGCGCCAAACUUCUUGUUUCUGAGGAAGAAACGGUACACUAUCAGCCGUCUAUGCCGCACGCAAUUUCAAAAUCAUACACCCUAAAAGUUACUUCUGCAACCCAGUUGAGGUCUGGAGAUGUUAUCAGGUUUGAGCAGGCGGUCCAGUUCCUUAAUAUUUCACAGUUUUACAUGCAAACAAAAAAGUGGGUCUUAAGGUCAGACUGAAAAAGGAUUGUGAGGCUGUAAAAAAGUUGUUUUAGCUGUUUUAGUUUAGUAAAAGUUGAAAGUUAAAUUUUCUGUCAACAAAAUCUAAACGCUGAUUUAAUUUCUCCUGAUCUCAGGUGGCUGGAGAGAUGUUUGGAGAUCCACAUUGUGUCAGCUACAAGUUUGACACCCAAAACCACGAUGGAACAAAUUUUGAUGAUUCAAACAAAACAGAAACCCUUCAAGGUAACCCAGCAGCUGAAUGAACACUUUGUGAUGUCAGAGCAAUAAAAUAAAAGUCUCUUACACCACUUUUUUUUCUCUUCUAGAUUCAAACUCUCUUCCCAGCUCUCCAUUAUUCCUGGAAGACCUCAUCUCCUUCAGCUUCCAAGUGGCACGGGGAAUGGAGUUCCUGGCUUCUCGCAAAGUCUGAUACUGGUCUUGUGUAAGCUUUGUAUAGUUGUGCGUUUGCUGUUGAUCAUUUAUUUAUUUGUGUAUUUUGUGUCUGUUUCAGUGUAUUCACAGAGACCUAGCAGCCAGGAACAUUUUGCUGUCUGACAACAAAGUGGUAAAGAUCUGUGACUUUGGCUUGGCUCGAGACAUCUACAAAGACCCAGACUACGUCCGCAAGGGAGAUGUGAGUAACAACGACGCAGUAUGGGUCUAAAAUCCACACAAUGAAAGUAUCACAUGAGGCUUUUUUGGAGAGGGAAUCCAUGCAUUAAUCAAACUUUUAGACUCUUUACAAAACCUACAUGAACAAGAUUUUAAAAUUCCCAUCAAACUUUUUUUCCAUCUGUUUGCCUCCAGAGAAGAUAUUACAUAGAAACGUAAAGAAAUUAAACUUUAUUUAUUCAGACUUCCGGCGUAAAUUUAAUUUAGGGUCAAAUACACCAUAACACCGAGUUAGACACGCCCUCGAGAGAUUAAUGUUGCCGAUCACUUGCUUCUCUAGUGCAAAAUGAUUAAUAUGGUGAUUAUUAGUUCAAGGAAAUGAUAAAGAAAUUAUCAUAAAUGUUCUUCACUAAUGGACUGGCCUGAGGUCUCGCUACAAACAAGCGGCUGCUGGAAGAGAGUAGGUGAGUUGUGUUUAGUCUCUUUGCUUAAGAAAUUAGUUAAAAUUAAAAAGAUGUUUGGUGACUAGUGCUGUGGCUAGGACCCUAUAUGUUCUGUUGAUGAAGUUAGGUGCUGUUCUGAGCAUUAUUUGUGUCUAUAGAGUGGCUUUUUGGUUGAGGUUUGUUUAUGGCUCCUCAGACCGCUGUGUAUUGCUAUCCUGCUGUCGUCACUAAAGUUGGUAUAACUAGAGAAGAAAGCAGUCGGCAACAUUCAUCUCUCGAGAGGGUGUCUGACUCAGUGUUAUGGUGUGUUUGACCCUAAAUUAAUUCUACACCGGAAUAUCCCUUUAAAGAUCUGUGUAUCCCGUAUCCACUGCUCCCUCUCAUACCUCAUCCCUGUGAUCUGAUUGGCUGACAGGCCCGUCUGCCCCUGAAGUGGAUGUCUCCAGAGUCCAUCUUUGACAAAGUGUUCACCACACAGAGUGACGUGUGGUCCUUUGGCAUUCUGCUGUGGGAGAUCUUCUCUCUGGGUAAAAUCUCAGACUGCACAUAAACGGGUGUUUAUGAUCUGACUGGGUAGUUUUUUAGUUUAUGUGUAACUUUGUCCAACAGGAGCGUCUCCAUACCCUGGUCUUCACAUCGAUGAAGAGUUCUGCCACAGGCUGAAGAGUGGGACAAGGAUGAGAGCGCCUGAAUACAGCACACCUGAGAUGUAUGUGGAUAUGAUUGAACAUUGAUAUCAAUCAGCAGCAGAGAUCUGGAUGUAAACAUGCAGCUUUAGAUCCUUAAAAAAACCUGCUUCACUUUAGAUAUUUGACUCAAAGCCUCUGAAAACACUCAAAGGAAAGAGAGUGAACACAGGCAGUCUUAAGGUUUACGUUGUGUUGAUACUAUCUAGCAGUAAAUCACUAUGUUUGUGUGUGCAGUUACAGCACAAUGCUGGCAUGCUGGGAGGCCAGUCCCUCAGAUCGACCCACCUUCACUGACCUGGUGGAGACCUUGGGAGACCUGCUCCAGGCCAGAGUUCAACAGGUCAGACUUCACGGAUCUUAUCUCCUUUGGCUUAUCAUGAAAAAGACCGAAAUGCCUCAUAAUACCCCUUUUAUGAUUUCUUCUCUUUAACAGGAAGGGAAGGAUUACAUUCCUCUUGGAUCUUUCUCAGCGGGAGAUUCUGGUCGCAGCCAGACCAUCAAAGAAAACCCACUUGCAGUCACAAAUCUGAGGUAAAGAAGAACGAGAAAAUAUAAACAUCAUACAAUUUAGCGAGGUCUGAGCCAGUUUUUUCACUUUAGAUGUUGGUAAAAAAAAAAAAAACUGAAAGGGGUGCAGGUGACAGGGAGGGGAGAGAGCUUCCAGAAACACAGAGGAGAAACGUCAAACUCAUAUUUUUCUUCUGAAUUAAAUCCAUUCAGCUACAUGAGGGGCAUGGCCACGCUUCAAACCUUUGAGGAGCUGCAGAGUGAGGAGCCGGACAGCCCUGAUGUAAGAAGAACACCCUUACCCUUUAAACACCGAAUAAUUUAGGCUCAAACAAGAAAAGAUUUAAAAGAGAAUCUCUGUAAAACCUUCAAUAAACUUUUUGUCACAUCCUGUCUGUUUCAGGAUGAGCAGAGCGACAGCGGCAUGGUCCUGCCGUCUGAGGAGCUGAAACGUUUUACGUGGAAUAACAGCAACAAAAACAGGAAACUGAAAAGGUGAUGACAUUUUAUCUCUGCUGUAAGAAUACUUGACUGUCCUCUCACCAGCCCAGACAUCUCAACAUCUCUGAAUCAUUUCUGUACAUUGGCAUACAAAGGUCGUUAGAUGUAUAAGAUUACAAUUUCCUUCUACCCAUAAAAGGAGAGUAGUCGUGUUGAGAGAAAAUCCCCUUUUUUUUAAGUCAUCAAAGAAAAAAUGCAAUUAGAAACACGUAGAUGAUUGAAGUUUGUGAUGCAGCAUAAAUUAUUCAACAUGACAAACCUGCAAGAGGAUGACUCCUGGUCUGUUUUCUGUUUAGGUUUCUCACCUUUACUAAGUGCCAGGACAACAAGGAGCCCCUCUUGUGCCCUGACACCAAAGGUCGCCGUGACCACACUCCGUCCAUCUUGCCAUGUGAUUGGGAAUCGGAUGAAGGCGGCUCCCCUCCUCCAGACUAUAACUCCGCUUUUCUCUACCCCUCCCUCUAGCAUCAGUUUCAUCUUUAACAGUCUUUGAACAGGGUAUAAUAAUCUGUAUACUUUUCUGCUCUUCAACUCCUGCCAAUCAGAACUCAUUUCUCCUUUUUUCUACCUCUACAAGUAUUGAUUAUUUUCUUCUCCUGCUUCCACCAAACUGACGUUUUUCAGUGUUACUGUGUGUGAUCUUGUAUCACCACACACCUCCUUUAAGAGCAGCUAAGUUAUACCUGAUAGUAACUCCAACAUGCUGAAUUCUGCAGAAUGUAUUCACCUGCCUAACAGUACUAAGAGCUUUUUGUAUUGGUACCUCAUGUGCUGAGCUUUGUAAAGAGGAACACUGCUGUAUGAAAUAUUUGUUUCUCCUACACAGCGACUAUAUGCUGGAAGAAGUUAUUAACCACUGAAUUUGAUUAUCUGUUAGACAGGAUAUAGCUCUAUUUAUACAAAUGUUGUUUCCAUGUUGUGGCUAUUUUUGAUCUUUAUAAACAAUUACUCACUUGGCUAUCAGUUUAUCAAUUGCACUAUCUUAAACUUAAUAGCUGUACAGGUAAAUAAGCGGAGUUAUGACCUUCACGGCUAUUAUAAUGUUCUGUGUUUCUCUUUAACUGUAUGAAAACAAGCAGGCAUUAUAAAACACUAAAACCCUGUUGAAGCUACAAUUUUACCGUCUAGGUGGAUGAAACCAGCUGACAUCUGAGUUCAUAUCAAAUCACAUACUCAGUUAUCCCGAAUAAAGUUUGAAUAUUUUGAGUAGUACAAAAACUUUCCUUAUGAUGUAUUUGCCAUGUAUUUUUAUCAACAACAAAAAUCAUUUAAAGUCAAGUGUUUUUUUCUUAACUCUAUCUGAACUCUUUUUCUGACUGGACAUACAGGGGUUGGACAGUGAAACUGAAACGCCUGGUUUUAGACCACAAUGAUUCAUUAGUAUGGUGUAGGGCCGCCUUUUGCGGCCAAUACAGCAUCAAUUCUUAUUGGGAAUGACAGAAGUCCUGCACAGUGGCCAGAGGGAUUUUGAGCCAUUCUUCUUGCAGAAUAGUGUCCAGGUCACUACGUGAUGUUUGUGGAGGGAAACGUUUCCUGACUUACUCCUCCAAAACACCGCAAAGUGGCUCAAUGAUGUUUAGAUCUGGUGACUGUGCAGGCCAUGGGAGAAAUUCAACUUCACUUUCAUGUUCAUCAAACCACUCUGUCACCAGUCUUGCUGUGUGUAUUGGUGCAUUAUCAUCCUGAUACACGGAACCACCUUCAGGAUACAGUGUUUGAACCAUUGGGUGCACAUGAUCCUCCAGAAUAGUUCGGUAGAUCCUUGGUAGUGACCCGCCCAUUGGGGCCUAGGGAAUGCCAUGAUAUUGCAGCCCAAACCAUCACUGAUCCACCCCCAUGCUUCACUCUGGGCAUGCAACAGUCUGGGUGGUAAGCUUCUUUGGGGCUUCUCCACACCGCGACUCUCCCUGAUGUGGGAAAGACAGUAAAGGUGGACUCAUCAGAGAACAAUACAUGUUUCACAUUGUCCACAUCCCAAGAUUUUCGCUGCUGGCACCAUUGAAACCAAGUGGUGACCAAAGGUUUGCCUAUAACAGCCCGGCCGUGUAUACUGACCCUGUGGAGCUCCCAACAGACAGUUUUGGUGGAAACAGAAGAGUUGAGGUGCACAUUUAAUUCUGCAGUGAGUUGGGCAGCUGUGGUUUUAUGUUUUUUUGGACACAAUCCGGGUUAGCACCCCGACAUCCUUUUCAGACAGCUUCCUCUUGCGUUCACAUUUACUCCUGUUGGAUGUGGUUCGUCCUUCUUGGUGGUAUGCUGACAUUACCCUGGAUACCGUGGCUUUUGAUACAUCACAAAGACUUGCUGUCUUGAUCACAGAUGCACCAGCAAGACGUGCACCAACAAUUUGUCCUCUUUUAAACUCUGAUAUGUCACCCAUAAUAUUGUGUGCAUUGCAAUAUUUUGGGCAAAACUGCUAUUACUUUGCUAAUUGAAGCUCCACACUCUGCUCUUACUGAUGUAAUGUGCAAUCAAUGAAGACUGGCCGCCAGGCUGGUCGGAUUUAGCCGUGAAACCUCCAACAAUAAACUGGCAGGUGUUUCAGUUUCAUUGUCCAACCCCUGUAUAAGGGGGGUACAGGUAUGGGGGUCCCUCAGUAGUGUCCCAUUGGUAUUUGAUUAAUUUGGGAUUUUGUAUUGGUUCUUUGUGUGUAUAUGGAUUUAAUGUCACGGAUCUAAAUGGUUCAUAUUUUUGUUUUUAUGAGUGCUUUCUAAACGUAUAAACCAAACCGUUUAACACAAAAGAAGACAAAAAAACAUCGGAAACACCCUGGAAUAAAAUUCAAGCACCUGACCAACUUUGUAAACAUUUUUAAACAUCUGGUGUUUCGAUGCAAA